AUGUUCGAGGGCACCAGCGCGCAGGAUGGCUUUCUCGACCCGCCCUCCUUAUCGCCUAGGAGACUUCAUCUUGUCAAAAACGAGACUGGUCAGUACGUUGAGAGGAUUUGGGGUAUCUCGAUUGGAAAAUCGGAUUGCCAGGGUGCCUAUCUCCAAAUUCUCGAAAACUCGGAUGAAUAUGACAAAGCGGCCUCCUCUGCUGCGACCACAGUCAUGACUCUCGUCCCUGCUAUGCUGACCUUUGCGGCGAUGCCGAUGGCGAGUAUCAGAUCACUAAACUUCAUAAACACAAGAUUAGCGCUAUUCACCAGCGCCUUGACAUUAGGCCUGACGAUGACGUACAAGAAGACAUUGAAGGAUGAGAAGAUAAUGAGCGUUCCGGAUCUUUGCACAGCCGCCCAGAUAACAAAAUACGCAAAUCCUGGCGAAAUCAUGGGUGAGCACGAGCUGGCGAAAGAGAUUGAGGAGUUGGGCGCACUGUACAAAGUGGGGGUGGGCAAUCCGAAGCUUUGCGCUCUCGCGUCCAGCACAUCCGGAAAUAAGCGGUCCAUUUACAUCAGUAUAGUGAUAACAACAUCCAACGUUAUACAGAUUCUCCUGUUUGGCACUCUUGUUCGAGCUCUUCCGCAGAUUGAAUCCAUACGGUUCAUAUGGGGUUGUCCAGAGACCACAACGAUAAUAUUUAACUCUUGGUUGUCAGUAACUGCCAUACUCUCCGCCAUCAUUCGCACCAUUGCCGUGUCCUCGUUCACCAAGCACGACGAAGUCCUCCCUCGUUUGUCAUUUUUCAAGAUGAACUGGCUGCACCGCACGAUUGACAGGCUAGGACAACCGCACCCACGAAUAAUCGUGGUGAGAAAAGCACAUCACUCCAACCGCUCAGAUGACAUCAAAACCGCUUUGGAUGGUAUGAUACAGUCCGCAUCAAUUUUGGCACUCACCUUUAUGUUUGGAAGCAUCUGGGGAGGUUCUCUCGAGUGGACCGUGUUAUUCGUGGCCGCUUUUAUGUGCGUCAUGUGGGUAUCCAGGACUGUCAGUUUGGUUGUGGGAAGAUUUCUGGAAACAAGGAUGCCGGAAGCCAUUGUCGAAAACAAAUCCAACAGCUCAAAGUACUGGCAUGGUCACAAACUCAGGAACAAAUGUGCUGAUUGCAAAUUGUCACUGGAGCAUCAGUGGGAGGAUAGAACCGCCCCUGGUGUGUUCUACGGAUUUGUAUUUGCUAUAAUAUCAGGAAUCGGGAUUUUCAUAUGCUUUCUGGCGGUAACCCUUCCAUUCGACGCACCGUUUAUGCCUCAUCCAUCUGAAUGGAUGGAUUACAGAGUAGCAACCUCUAUGUCUAUGACUCUCGCAAUCACAUAUGCCGUUUGUGUGGCUUUCGAGUUUAG